UUCAGGUCACCACUCGCCUUCGUCAUCUCCAUUUAAUUCUGUGCCAGUCUUUCCCGCGCACAACAAAACCGCUGGAUGCUGGAUUUCUCAUCUUUCGCCCACAGCCCCUGCGCAUACCUUCCAGCGUCCUGCUCUUCAUCAAGCCCUCCGUCUUCCUCUCACCCAAUCUCACCGACACUCUAACCCCGUCCCUCGUCAUCGCAGCCUCCGCUGCACCAAACCUAGCCACCAUGAAGGUCACAUUCAAGGACUUGAAGCAACAAAAGUUCACGCUCGAUGUCGAGCCCACCGAGCUGGUCUCUGCCGUCAAGCAGAAGAUUGCCGGAGAGAAGGGAUGGGAUCCCAAGGACCAGAAGCUUAUCUACUCUGGCAAGAUCCUGAAGGACGACGACACCGUCGAGUCCUACAAGAUCGAGGAGAAGGGAUUCGUUGUCUGCAUGGUGAACAAGCCCAAGGCAGCCAAGGCAGCCCCCGCCGCCGAGUCGUCCUCGACGCCCGCCGUCCCGGCGACGCCCGCCCAGGCUGUCGCCGCGACCCCGGCCGCCCCUCCCGCUCCGGCCGCCCAGGCUGCUGCCCCCGCGGCCGCUCCCGCCACGCCCACCCCCGCGGCCAGAAGCACAGGAGGCGAUGCCGGAAGCACUGACCCGUCGAUGGCCAUGGGCGCCCACCGCCAGGAGGUGGUUGCGAACAUGGAGGCCAUGGGCUUCGAGCGCGCCCAGAUCGACGCCGCCAUGCGUGCUGCCUUCUACAACCCCGACAGAGCCGUCGAGUACCUGCUCAACGGCAUCCCCGACAACGUCCAGGAGGAGCAGCAGCAGCGUCAAGCCGCCGCCGCUGCCACCGCCGCUCAGCCUGCCGCCGGUGCGCCUGCUGCCGGCACCGACGAGGGCGGAAACGUCAACCUCUUCGAUCUCGCCGCCCAGGCCCGUGGUGGUGGUGGUGGUGGUGGUGGUGGUGGUAACGGCGGCGCCGGUGGCGGACGCUCCGCUGCCGGUGGCAACACUCAAGCUGCCGCCGCCGCCGCAGCCGCGGCUGCUGCCCAGGGUGGUUUCGGCAACCUGGACUUCCUGAGAAACAACGCCCAGUUCCAGCAACUGCGCCAGGUCGUCCAGCAACAGCCCCAGAUGCUGGAGCCCAUCCUCCAGCAACUUGGUGCCGGCAACCCCCAGCUCGCCCAGCUGAUCGCCAACAACCCCGACCAGUUCCUGCAGCUCCUGGGCGAGGAGGUGGACGACGACGUCCCUCUGCCCCCCGGCGCGCAGGCCAUCCAGGUCACCGAGGAGGAGCGCGACGCCAUUGAGCGGUUAUGCCGCCUCGGCUUCGACCGCGAUGCCGCCAUCCAGGCCUACUUCGCCUGCGACAAGAACGAGGAGCUCGCGGCAAACUUUUUGUUCGACCAGCCCGACGACGACGAUGCGCCCCAGAACUAAGCCACACCCCGCUACGACCGCAUGAUUACACAUUCUACGACAGAUAUGCAAGGCCCAGGGAUUGCCGGACGGUGUUGGCUUGGUAACAACGCAACGGAGACUCCAGGACACCCAGUCUAGACGACAGGGUCCAUCUCAGGCAGGGGGUACGAGGCCGUCGUCCUCGUCAUUCGUGGUGGUAGAUUCUUUUUCCGAAGAGCUGGCGUGGAGGCGGGCAGGCUGAGGACGCACACCGAGGCCGCGUGCCACGCGCAGCUGCAACGCACAUGCUUGUCUGUUGGCCAGGAGUGCUCUCCUGUUCUGGCUCGGAAGAGAGCGCGGCGUCAAUCCUAGGUACCCAGGCCAGGUAGUACCGGGUAAUCCAACUUUUCA